CUUCUCAUAUUUUUCCCUCGCUUUCUCGGAGAUCCACUGAGUUUGAGCAGAGCAAACACUUUUGCUCCAAAUCAAUGUCGUAAAAAUGUCAGUAUCGUCCAUAACAUGCAAAAGAUUAACCUUAUUGAGCAUAUCUGCUGUUUUCAUUCAGCUAAUCGGUCUCUCUCUCUUCGUCUUCGGCUUCUUCCCCGUCAAACUAGCUCUCUCCGGCGUCAGCGGUCCCGAGUCUUAUCGUGCACCAGCAUGUGAUUCCAAUCACAAUCACACUCACACUCACACGUCUCUGCCUCCUCCUCAACUUAGAUCACUUUAUCAGGAUUUAUCAGGGAUUCCCCCAUCCUUUGAUCGGCUAAUUUUUAUGGUUAUUGAUGGUCUUCCAGCAGAGUUUGUUCUGGGCAAGGAUGGUAAGCCACCGAGAAAGGCUUUCAUGGAAGCAAUGCCAUAUACUCAGUCACUGUUAGCAAAUGGAAUGGCCAUUGGGUACCAUGCAAAGGCUGCUCCUCCAACUGUUACAAUGCCGCGUUUGAAGGCUAUGGUUUCUGGGGCAGUUGGAGGAUUCUUGGAUGUGGCUUUCAAUUUCAACACCCAAGCUCUAUUAGAUGAUAAUCUUCUUGGGCAGUUUUUAAGUAUUGGUUGGAAAAUGGUGAUGCUUGGUGAUGAAACAUGGCUUAAGUUGUUUCCUGGGUUAUUUACAAGGCAAGAUGGAGUUAGCAGUUUUUUUGUGAAAGAUACUGUACAAGUUGAUCAAAAUGUUUCUCGACAUCUAGGGGAUGAGCUUAGCAGAGAUGACUGGAAUCUUUUGAUUCUUCAUUAUCUCGGAUUGGAUCAUGUUGGACAUAUUGGUGGUCGCAACAGUGUCUUGAUGGCCCCAAAACUUGUGGAGAUGGAUCAAAUAGUGAAGAUGAUUCACACUAGUAUUAUUCAGACUCAAGAAAGUGAUCAGGGCAAUACGCUUUUGGUGGUAGUGAGUGAUCAUGGAAUGACUGAGAGUGGUAAUCAUGGGGGCUCUUCAUUUGAAGAAACGGAUUCCUUAGCUCUCUUUAUUGGCCUGAGAAAUCAUGUUUCUGAUUAUGCAUCAGCCACCAACAACACAGCUUACCAGGUUGACAUUGCACCGACAUUAGCUCUUCUGUUUGGUGUGCCAAUUCCGAAAAACAAUAUUGGUGUCCUGAUUUCAGAAACUUUUGAUUCAUUGAAAGAUGAUCAUCGGCUGAGGGCACUGGAGUUAAAUUCCUGGCAGUUACUCAGAUUGCUGCAGGCACACUCAUCAGGUUUAUCAUGUGGAAAUAUCCCAUACAAUGGUUUUAGUGAUAGUAAAACGACUGGAACUACUGCAUGCAAUGGUAGUACCGAGAAGAUGCUUUGCUGCUUGUAUAUGAAGGCUGCAGUUCUUCACAAUUCCUGGAAGUCUAAGCAAGUUUCAGAAUCUGAUAGAUGGGAAGUCUAUAGCAGCACUUUUGCAGCAUACCACAAGUUUCUGAAAACUGCAAGUGAGUGGUUAUCAAGCAGAGCAACUGAUAAACCUGUUAACCUGCUUGCUUCUGGAGUUGCAGCAAUGCUGCUAUCAUGUCUGAUAUUUUUAAGCCUUAUACUUCGUAUGUGUAGAGAAGUUAGCCUAGUAGAGAAGCAGCACCUCUCUGAAUUAGGCAGUAAUUCACAAAGGUGGCAUUUGGAUGAGACCUUUGUUUUGGGCGUGAUCUUCAUCCUUGUUGUAAGUAUGACAUCAAGUUCUAUGGUGGAAGAAGAGCAUUAUAUUUGGCAUUUUAUGGCAUCCACAUUGUAUCUGGUGUUGCUUCGUAAAACAGCACAGUUGCUCCCAGCAGGAAGUAGGGUGUUCAGGGGACAGAACAUAAUGUCUUCUGUAUUUGUGCUUCUUAUCUCUGGAAGAAUAUUGAGAGGCUGGCAUCAAGGUGGUGUGAACUGGACUUAUCUUCCUGACAUUUCUAAGUGGCUUGAACAAGGCGGUAAUGAUCUUGUAAAAGCAGUUCAGCUUGUCUCAGGUGUUAUGGCCAUAUGUGUAGGCUUAUAUGCUCUAUCUUUUUUUGGAUCAAAGAAAAUAAUUGUUCAAGUGGUUGGAAUUAACUUCUGUAUUGCUGGAUUGUUGGUUUUGCAAUAUGUCAUGAGGUAUCAGGACAACACAUUUGUACCAUCUAGUGAUGGUGCCACCUUAUUGGCACAAAUUAUCUAUGCCAUUCUGGGAAGUGCCACUGUUGGUACUGUUGUAGUCAUACCCUGGCUUAUUCCUAUUCACCUAUCUGACAUGGGCUCAAGUCAUAAUAUCUACUUAUCAACUUUGGUUCCUAGCGACAUAAAAGAGAAGUCUCCACUGAUGGAAAUAAGAGAUUCUUUAUAUGUUAUUGGGUGGUCCUACAUCUUAUGCUGGUGUCUUCUGCAGUUGUUGCUCCAACAGCCAAUAAAUUCAAUGCCUAUAUUGUUGCUUCUUGUCCAAAUCAUGACCAGCAUGCUAUAUUUUUCAUACAGUCGUUUGCAUCAUAAGGAAUGGGUUGAGGUUUCUGCCUUGUGCUUUUUGGGAAUGGCUGGCCAUUUUGCUCUAGGGAACAGCAACACUCUAGCCACGAUUGAUGUUGCUGGGGCUUUUAUUGGAAUCUCAAGUCAUUCAACGCUUCUUUCUGGUAUUUUAAUGUUCAGUAUCACCUAUGCAUCCCCCAUGUUAGCUCUUCUUAGCAUGGUAGUGUACAUGUCUGUGAAGAGCUAUCUCGUUGUACCCCAGAAUGUAGAUUCUGGACAUCUUCUCAAGACAAUGCUUGGUUUUCCUUGUUUGGUUCCACUGGGCAUAAACUCGAUUCUAUUGACCGCAUAUACCAUCGUCUUGCUGUUAAUGAGGAACCAUUUGUUUGUUUGGAGUGUCUUUUCUCCAAAGUACCUAUAUGUCUGUGCUACAACUGUCUGCAUCUACAUCGGGGUCACUAUUGUGGCUGCGACUGGGAUAUACGCAUAUUUGGUGCUGGUAAUGCGGAAAAUGAAGCGAUUUUCAAUUUUCAAUCAUUAACGAUACAAGAUAGCGCUUGAAGCACUAAGAAACCAAAUUUUGAUAGUGUGGAGUAGAAAAACCCAAUUUCGAUUCUUUCAGACAAACACCAACUCAUAUUAACCAUUUUGCUUUUCUUCUAUUUAUAAGAUUAAUGUCAAUAGUGAUGUGGCAGAACAUUGAAACAUUUAAUUGUAAUGGAAAUAUAUCUUAUUCAUUGAUUACA